UCUGCUUUCUAACAAGUUUGUCGAUGUUAUCCCGAGGCCCACACAGAAGUGGGGAGGCCCCCAAAGCCCAAAACUCAAAACCUUAUAAGGAAUCUGAGAAAUAACUUAAUUACCAUUUGAAUACUUCCAAAACAAGUCAGAAGUAAAUACCUAACCUCCCCCUUGAUUCAUGGCUUCAUAUUAGCAAAGGUCACUGUUUCAUACAGUUGAGACUUAACAUUUUCUCCAACACCUAAGAAAAAAAAAAAAAAAACAACAAAGAAGAAGAAGAAGAAGAGAAUUACUGGAAAGGCGUUGUCUUGAUGAAAUUCUGAUCUCAUUUGAAGGAAUUGCAUGGCUUCAAAGUUGCAAACAAAGGCAGCUCAAGUUUCACAGUUUGUGACCAAGAAUGGCAGUUCUUACUACAAGGAGUUGAUGGAGCGAAACAAUCAAUAUAUCCAGAAACCAUCCAGCGCACAUACAUGCCAAUUGUUGGCAAAGCAGUUGUUUUAUACUAGACUUGCCAGUAUUCCUAGACGAUACGAGGCUUUGUGGAAGGAGCUCGACUCCCUCAAACAAUUCUUAAAGACCAAGGACGCAUGGAGCAUGGAGAAUGCUAGCGUUGCUGCUCUGUUUGGAGUUGAGUGCUAUGCCUGGUCCUGGGGCGGGGAGAUAAUCGGGAGAGGGUUUACACUUACGCGUUACUAUGUUUGAAAAUUGCCAAUCCUAGCAGUUCCAACUCCUUUUGGGGGACUUGAGUCCGUGAGCUAGACAUCUCUUUCUAGCAAUAAGAAUUUGUGAACCGUUUCUGCUGCAAAGAAACUCUUCAACUCUUUUACUAAUUUCAUGACGUUUUAGCGAA